UCUUAGCUAGAGCAAGAUGCGACUGUUUCUUGAUAACGAUCAUCAGGUCAACGCUCAACACCAUCAAGAAGGACCAAGUCCUACUCCUCAAGAUGAAGACAAUCAUUUGGAACCGAAUUAUUUCAUUUUCUCCAUCACCUUAAUCCUUGUACUCCUCGUUGUUAUUGGCAACAGCAUCACAAUCCUUGUUUUCAAGAGCACGCCGAAACUAUGUAACCAAACUGGUUUUUGCUUGAUCAACCUGGCUAUAGCAGAUCUUCUGACUGGAGUGAUCUACCUACCCUACAGCCUGCCAUGCGCCCUCAACGGUGAUUGUCUGAUAAGAACGAACCGAUAUCUUUGUCUCGGCGUAGUUACGGUGUCGUAUACGUGCUACAGUGUAUCUGUCUUUACCCUCGUCAUCGUCAUGCUGGAUCGUUAUCUCCAAAUCAGCCGACCAUUUCACUACAACGAGAUCUUCAGCAAACCUAGAACGUUAGCCACUCUAGUUUCUUCUUGGGUCGUGUUGUUUACUUUCACUGCCGGUUUUAUUCUUUCUGAGCCGAACAUCAUCGUUUUCGAUGGGACAAUUUAUCAUUGCACUAUUGCAGCUGCAAGUAGGUUAUCCUGGUCCUAUACAUAUUGCGUGAACAUUUUUUGUUUUCUUUUACCCGUUUUUGUAAUAUGUGGCUGCAGUUUCAAAAUUGCUAUCAUAGCACAUCGAGCUCGUUUACGCAUUGCCAAUCAAGAGGCAGCCGUAGCGUCAUCAGGAAACUCACAAGCACAGAGAACUCGAGCAAUCCGACAUUUUCGCAAAUCAGAGGUACGCAUUGCCAUACGGAUCUUUGUAGUCGUGGCGGCUUUCAUUAUUUGUUGUAUGCCAUUCAAUAUCGAGUUGUUGUACGCUCGUCGCACCCAGCACAUGUUUCCCGAUAAAGCUGCCGUCACCACCGUUCUGAUGGUCGAAAUCAACAGCGCAUUGAAUCCUAUUAUUUAUGUUACGAGCUACUCAAAGUUUCGACGUGUCUUCAAGGCCAAGUACCUAAAGUUCUGCAGAAAUUCGAAUCGAGGAGACUCUGUCAUCUGGACGGUGACGAGUCAGCAUAGAGACCAGUACACACCGUCACGACGUCGAACUAGUCCAAUGACGAUGACCAACACGCCUCCCAACAACCGAAUGUUUAUGAUGACGGCAAAAUGUAACAUAGACGAAGAAAUUGAUGAAUGCGUAGCUGAUCUCGAGCUAUGACAUGAAUGACUGUCCACGAUUGGUGUUUUCAUAAAGCUAUUCUUAAGUUACGCAUUACUAGGGAGUCGGGAUCCUCGGAUGCUGAAUCGAAAUUCUCAAUAAUUGUUAUUCAUUCAUUUAUAAACUUGAUAUCCAAUCUCUGUUGGUAAAAAUUAAAAUUUUCAAGAAUUCAACUGUGUUAGAGUUGGAAAAAAAUCUAGAGUACGUCUUCGAAAGGGAACCAACCCUGAUAAAAUAAUAAUUGUAAAAAUAGCAAAAAAAAUCAUCAAAAAAUAUUUCCGAGUGUUUGGAAAAAUCCACCAAAGAAUAGAAUUCCAAUUAUUUGAAUUGUGAUGUCAUAUGCGAGCAGCUUUUCUAAAUCUAUACAUUAUGUAAAAUGGUAAAAAAUCAAUGAAAUGUUAUUUUUUCAGAAAAUUUAAUAUGGGUUUACUGUACCUUCAGUA